AUGCGUGCCUCUUUCUACGCUCUUGCCGGCAGCGCUGCCUCGGCCAUGGCUGCCACCCGUGGUUUCAACUACGCCUCUCAGGGCAACACCCUUGAGACCUUCACCAACCAGUUCGAGUCGGCCCAGGCCAUCACCGACUACGCCUCGGCCCGUCUCUACACCAUGAUCCAGGACGGCACUGCCAACACUGUCAUCUCGGCCAUCCCCGCCGCCAUCAAGACCAAUACCACUCUUCUCCUCGGUCUGUGGGCUUCGGAGAACCAGGAGGCCUUCGACAACGAGCUUACCGCUCUCAAGAACGCCAUCAGCCAGUUCGGCUCCCAGGGUCUCGCCGACCUGACCGUCGGUAUCUCUGUCGGUUCCGAGGACCUCUACCGCAUCUCCGAGACUGGUAUCAAGCAAAAGAGUGGAUACGGCCAGACCGCCGACGUCCUCGUCGACUACAUUGGUCAAGUCCGUGAGGCUCUCAAGGGCACCGCCCUCGCCAACGUCCCCGUCGGCCACGUCGACACCUGGAACGCAUACACCAACACCUCCAACUCUGCCAUCCUCGGCGCUGUUGACUUCCUCGGUCUUGACGAGUACCCUUUCUACCAGGAUGGUGAGGGCAACUCGAUCGACAACGCCUCGGACCUCUUCUGGAAGGCUUACAACAAGGUUGAGGCUGUCGCUGACGGCAAGCCCCUCUGGAUCACCGAGACCGGCUGGCCCGUCAAGGGCGAGGCCGAGGACGAGGCCGUUCCCAGCGUUGAGAACGCCGCCAAGUUCUGGCAGGACGUUGCUUGCGAGCUCGAGGCCCGCUGCAUCAACUUCUGGUGGUACAUUCUGAACGACGAUGGCGCUUCGCCCUCGUUCUCAGUUGCCAGCGGUAUUGACGGUGCCAACACCAAGGCUCUUUACGACCUCAAGUGCUCCAAGGCCUCUACUUGCGGCGCUACCGUCUCUGGCUCUUCCUCGUCUUCUGCUGCUUCCUCUUCCGCCGCUGGCUCCAAGACUGCCUCUGGAUCCGCCUCCUCCACUGGCUUUGCUGGCCAAAACAUUAACGUCGCCUCCAACGGCACCGCAUCUGUCGAGCCCGUCGUCUACGUUACUGAGGUCACCACUUCCUACACCACCACAUGCCCUGCCGGCCAGACCAUCACCGCCUCCGGCAAGGAGACCGUCCUGACCACCCCCAGUGUUUUCGUCACCACCCACGCCGUUUCCAGCACUGUUUCCACCAGCCAGACUGUCGUUCCUACCACCAUUGUCAACGCCGUCACCCGCUCCAUCACCUCCGCCGGCAAGGUCGUUCCCGUCACCAAGCAGAGCACCCAGGUUACUUGGGCCCCUACCUCUUCCAUCGCUGGCGCAAUUGUCCCCUCCGGCGCUGUUGCUCCCUCUGGUGCUGCUGCUCCUUCCGGUGCUGCCGCUGCCUCAGGAUCUGGUGCUGUCGUUGGCCAGGCUUCCGGCACCACUCUUGCUUCGUCUUGGGCUGCUAACCAGACCCCUGGCGCCUCUGCUACUGCCAGCCCCUCUGCCUACCAGGGUGCCGGUGUCAAGGUUGGUGGUUCCAUUGCUCUUGCCCUCGGUGCCGCCGCCGUCGCUCUUCUCUAA